UGCAGGAAAUCCGUCUGAGGUUUACAGAUUAGCGUUUAAUCUGGCGCUGGGAACGACAGUGUGAUUGGAAGUUACUGCCAGCCAUAUGGUUAGCUUGAGUGGGCGGGUUCAUCUCACAAUCGCUGGUUGUCACACGACAGGACAUAUGUUUAUUAAGACAAAUCGGAGCUCUUUUGGGCGCUAUUAUUAUUUUCAACACUCUUAUGAGUGUGUUGAACUGGCGAGUUGACAUUCUGACUCUUAAAAGUGCAAAAUCGGAUUACCGUUCAAGAUUGCGCACCAAACCCUAAUCAUCUCGUGUCGCUGGUUCGAAGAGAUCUGAGGCUGAUAACGUUACCCCAAUGUCAUUUGGGAAAAACCAAGAACGGACUGCAUUGUAGUGGGAUUUGAGCAAGGAAUCGGUGAUUGCGGAGAAAAUCGAUCGAGCUUGUGUCUGCUGGCGAUGGGCAGACUUUCAUGUUAUUAUGCUGCCCUGUGACCCGUGUACACAGCUGUUGUUCAGUGUCGACUGAAUUAGCAUUAUUAAAGAAUUAAUCCUAUAAUUUUAACAGUUAUCGGAGCCUUCACCUGGCUACGUCGCGAUCCCUUGUUUGGACUGGCAGCAGCAAACACGGAGAAUAUUUGCUCGUUUACUGGCUAAUAAAUCCUGACUGAACUGUGAGAAGAUGUCGACUAAAGAGCCGAAAGAAAAACUGUCGACCACUGAGCGACUCAUUAAAACAGUGCCACUGCCCCCCCACCAGCGGCUGACUAUAAAGGACCUGUUUGUGGAUGGCAAGCCCAAUACUGAGUUACUGAAAAACCAUUUGAUCAAAGAAGGACGUGUGGAAGAAGAUGCAGCACUGCGCAUUAUCAACGAGGGUGCCAACAUCCUAAGACAGGAGAAGUGCAUGCUGGAGGUGGAAGCACCAAUCACAGUGUGUGGUGAUGUCCACGGGCAAUUCUUUGACCUCAUGAAGCUCUUCGAAGUUGGUGGCUCACCUGACAACACACGCUAUCUUUUCCUUGGCGACUACGUGGACAGAGGGUACUUCAGUAUUGAGUGUGUGCUGUUCCUGUGGACACUGAAGAUCAAUCACCCCAACACUCUCUUUCUCCUCAGAGGCAACCAUGAGUGUCGGCACCUUACAGAAUACUUCACCUUCAAGCAGGAAUGUAAAAUCAAGUAUUCAGAGCGAGUUUAUGACGCAUGCAUGGAGGCUUUUGACUGCUUGCCCCUUGCAGCUCUUCUCAACCAGCAGUUUCUCUGUGUACAUGGAGGUCUCUCACCAGAAAUCAACUGCUUGGAUGACAUUAGAAAGUUAGACAGGUUUAAAGAGCCCCCGGCAUUUGGGCCUAUGUGUGAUUUGAUCUGGGCUGACCCGGGGGAAGACUACGGCAGUGAAAAGACAUCAGAGCACUUUAACCACAACUCAGUCAGAGGCUGCUCCUAUUUCUUUAGUUAUGCAGCAGUCUGUGACUUUUUGACAAACAAUAACUUGUUGUCAGUAAUACGAGCACAUGAAGCACAAGAUGCGGGGUACAGAAUGUACAGAAAAAGCCAGACGACAGGCUUCCCUUCGUUAAUUACUAUUUUCUCAGCACCAAAUUACCUAGAUGUCUAUAACAACAAAGCGGCGGUAUUGAAAUAUGAAAACAACGUCAUGAACAUUAGACAGUUCAACUGCUCUCCUCACCCAUACUGGUUACCCAAUUUUAUGGACGUGUUUACGUGGUCUCUGCCAUUUGUGGGAGAGAAAGUGACAGAGAUGUUGGUGAAUGUGCUAAACAUCUGCUCUGAUGAUGAACUCAUGUCAGAGGGAGAUGACUUGUGUGAAGGUGGAACUCCAGCUGUCCGUAAGGAGGUGAUCAGAAAUAAGAUCCGUGCCAUUGGGAAAAUGGCCAGAGUUUUCUCUGUGCUCAGGGAAGAGAGCGAGAGUGUUCUGACUCUAAAAGGGCUCACCCCAACUGGAACGCUACCACUAGGAGUAUUAUCUGGAGGCAAGCAGACUAUACAGAACGCUGCCAUAGAUGCAAAGGAGGGUCGAGCCAUCCAAGGCUUCUCUCCUACACGGAAGAUCCGCAACUUCGAAGAAGCUCGCGGCCUGGAUCGAAUAAACGAAAGGAUGCCUCCUCGGAAGGAUGGCAAAAAAUCCGACGGUACCGCAGUUAACACGGUCAAUGAGAAAAAUGGCACGGAUGGGAAAGCGUAAGGGAAGAUUUUGCACUUUUCCUCUCCACCACAGCAUUUCCUCUCUCUGUACUUAGUUCUCCAUGAGACUCAACUGCUGGAACCUGCAGGCGAGGCCCCGGGAUGUGGAGAGGAAUAAGAGAGAGAGGAGAGAGAUCACUGACAACUAAGUACAAACAUAAGAUUUUAUUUAUUACAUGAAAUGUUUAGAUGUACUUGCUAGCAACAUUUUAAAGAUGAGUGAACAUUUUAAAGUGUGCAAAAAGAGGUAAUCAAUCAUGACGUGUCAACUUUUAAACUGUACAGUAAGUACAGUUUUGUAACAGACGUGUGGGUUUCAGAUGCUUUACUGAUCAGGAGAUCAACUUAAUCCUGUUUUUCUAAUGUUGGAUGUCAUAAUGUAUUGGCAAGGGAUUCUUUGACUGAAUAUACUGAUGUGCGUUAUCAAUAAAUAUGUCUGUGAGGGAUUUAGCUAAGGGAAACUGAAACUGAAAAAUGUUUUAUAUUUAUGAAAGUAAAACUAAACUCUUGAAUAUUAUUUCCUUAUCUCUUCAAUUUUGAGUAAGAUUCAAACGUGAAAAUGUUAGCUGCUUUUGGUUCAAUGUGUUUGUUUUGGCAUUUAAAAGCUAGCAUUUAUAUUUGUCUAAAAUAAUCAGCACUUGAGUUUUGCCUGGGGACAGCGAUCCUAAAUAUAAUUUGUGUUUGAUUUUGCAUGUGCGAGUAAAACUUAAACAUGAAACAAGUCUUAUGAAAGCACUGUCAAAAUGCAUUUAGUGUCUGAAAACUACUGCAAGUUUUUUUGGUAUCUUUGUGGUUAUCGUUUGGCAGAGAUUUCAAGACCCCCGUUCUUUCUGCCACACAUAUUUUUGCUAUAUUUAGUAAAGAGAUGAGAGAUUAGUUUUUUGUUUAAUGCAACAAAAAAGUCCUAUUUGUUCAUACAGUAUAUAUACAGUGAGUGCUUUUAGUAUAUCUAUAAGGCCAGUGUUGGGCGAUUUGGGAUUUUGAAAUUGUACUUGCUCAAGCCAAAGUUUAAUAGUGAGAUUAUGGUUUUAUUUGUUUUUUGUAACAUAUGGCAUUAAAUGCAGCAAAAGGCCAACUCGAAUGGACAACACCUGCAUUUACCUCUAAAGCAGCAAGUCUUAUUGUCCCUUUAAAAAAUGUUGUUCUACAGGCCAUAUAUGAAGUGUUUCACUAAAAGAUGGACAGAGCAAACUAACUCAUAUUGCUCAUACAGACCAUUUUUAUCUGGUUUGUGCCAUUAACAAAGCAUGUAAACUUAAUAUAUAUAUUUGACAAAGUGACUUUGUGGUUCGAGUCGUAACACUACAUGAGGUUUUGGGGGUGGGAAUUUUUAUUACAAUUUAGGAAAUGUUGUGGAAUGGCUCCACCUUCUGUCAAGAUGAAGAACUUUUCUUCCAUUUCAGGUGACCUCAGAGGAACAGCAUUAAUCCACACAUGCAGUGUCUUUAUUCAUUUACCAGUCAACAAUUUUGAGAGCUGUAGGUUUAAAGCGGAUCAUGAUUUGCGAGGAUGUUGAAUGUCUUAUGCUACAGUAUGCACAUGAGCGAGCAACCCAUUUUGUUAUAAAGACAGGAUCAUCAUGUCUGUCUUUAUAAUGAAUCCGCACUUGACAGAUUUCUGGAGUUAGUUGAAAUGACAUGUGCAACAUUUUAGAAAACUAUUGUAAUGUUUUUGUUGUUUAUUUAGGCUGAUCCUGUUGGAUCACACUUCACAUGUGAGAUAUAAAAGGCAUUUUUUUUAUGUUUCGUUCUAUGAAAGUGAAAUUUAAUAUGACCAAUUUGUUAUGCUGUCCCAUCUAGAUGUAUGAACUCAUCGCUUUAACAGAGCGAAAUAACAGUGCAGCCUACCAACAUAUGAUAUUUCCUGAAGUUUGUGUGCGUUUUGAAGGAUCAAAUCGAUGCAGUAUGUCUAUGGACUCUAAAGGGAAAAUUGCACAUGGGCACUAUAAAUGCCAGGCAUGAUCAUGUCACAGAUGAUGUUUCAUUUAUUUGCAUGUAUUACAACUGAUACCAAUUAAAGUCAAAUAAAUUAAGCAGCUGAUCAAAGUCCGUACUUUUUUUUUAGAAUGGUGUGAGAGGUUCUGUAUAAGGAAUUCUGGUAUUCGUUCAGCACAUACUGGUAACAUCAAGUAUAGGUCUUUGGACAUCAGGGACAGCUCAAAUGUCCAAUACAAGUUCGAAUCUCUUUAAGAUCUUUAUUUACAAGAUGUUUCUUUACAUUCCUGAUGAUUCUUGAUGUUAAAGAGCUAAAAUUAGAUUGUUAGGGCCUUGAUAAACUCAUUGACAGAAUCAAGUCAGAAUGUACAUAAAUCUUCAUGCACAAUCUUAAAAAUUAUUA